AAUGAUGGAGGAGACGCAGCAGUGCAGAGAGAGGGAGAUGUCAGCAGAAAGAAAGCGCUCCCUGUGUCAGAAAGGGAGGAUGUGCAUGACACCAGUAGAGUAGAUGGAGUCAUGGCUGCAAGAAACAACAGCUGGGUGAGCAGCAUCUCAGCUGAGGCCCAGUGUUCACCAUGGCCAUGGACUGGCUCGGCUUUGGCUACGCUGCCCUGGUGGCUUCAGGAGGACUUAUUGGCUAUGUAAAAGCAGGUAGCGUCCCGUCACUAGCUGCUGGCCUUUUCUUUGGGAGUUUGGCUGGACUGGGUGCCUAUGAGCUCUCACGUAAUCCAAAUAAUGUUUGGAUUUCUCUGAUUACAUCUGGAACACUGACUGCUGUCAUGGGUACAAGAUUUUACAACUCUGGAAAAUUCAUGCCUGCAGGGCUAAUUGCUGGCGUCAGUUUGCUAAUGGUUGGAAGAUUAGCACUGAAGAUGGUGGAAAAGCCCCAUGAUAAGUAACUCUUCAUUUUACAGUUUAAUAUCUGGAUAAGGAAACGGAGAAUGAAGUUGUAUGAAUGCAGAAGCAAGAAGACAGAACUGUUUUCUAUAUCAAGACUUUUUUUUCCUUUUCUUUUUAUAUAAAGGGGGGUAGAAUGAUGGGACAGAUAAAUUUGCAUAACAAGCUGCCAUUUUUUUCACUGAUCUGGUAGAGCUAUUAUUGUGUAGUGAGAAAUUAGUCCUGGGUUUGAUUUUUCCAAACAUAUUUCAGUGUAUUUUAACAUUUCAAGUUUUUAUAUUGUAAAAUAUACUGCUGAUGUGUAUGAAGUAAAGAGGACCUGUAAUUAAGGAAGUAUCCAUAAAGAAGCACCAGGAGUAACUGGCUGAAUACAACAGUGUAUAUCAUACGUUUCAUACCAAGUAGUACAGUAUGCUUUACCUGUUGCAUUCUGAGUUGACACACCAUGUCUGUAAAACACCAAACAGGUCUUACCUUUUUCUUGUGAAAUUAUUCUAAAAUGUUGCUUUUCUACAAGUAAAAUAUAAACCUUUAUUUGCCAA